GUCAUGGCUUCUUCUUCUUCUUCCUCAUUUAGCAUCAUCACCUUCUCUGUGUUUCUGGUUCUCGUUGGGAUGGCUUCUGCUCAGCUAUCAUCUACUUACUAUAGCUCUUCGUGUCCCAAUGCCCUCUCAACCAUCAAAUCUGCAGUGAACUCUGCGGUGUCCAGCGAAAGUAGAAUGGGCGCUUCCCUUCUCCGUCUACAUUUCCAUGAUUGCUUUGUCAAAGGUUGCGAUGGAUCUAUUCUGUUGGACGACACCUCUACCUUCACCGGAGAGAAGACGGCCAACCCAAAUAGCAAUUCACUUCGAGGUUUCGAUGUCAUUGACACCAUCAAAUCCCAAGUUGAGACCCUCUGCCCUGGCGUUGUCUCCUGUGCUGAUAUUGUUGUUGUUGCUGCUCGCGACUCCGUUGUUGCUUUGGGUGGGCCCUCAUGGACAGUUCAGCUGGGAAGAAGAGAUUCAACUACAGCAAGUUUAAGCAAAGCUAACACUAACAUCCCUGCCCCAACCUUGAACCUUAGUGGCCUCAUCACUGCCUUCUCCAACAAAGGUUUCACUGCUAAAGAAAUGGUGGCUCUCUCAGGAUCUCACACAAUAGGCCAAGCUAGAUGCACAAAUUUCAGAGCUCGUAUCUACAAUGAGAGCAGCAUUGAAACAUCCUUUGCAUCAUCACUGAAAUCGAAUUGCCCGAGCACUGGUAAUGACAACAAUCUCUCACCACUUGACACAACAAGCCCAACUAGUUUUGAUAAUGCUUAUUUCAAGGACUUGGUGAGCAAGAAGGGUUUGUUACACUCUGAUCAACAGCUCUACAGUGGUGGCUCUACAGAUUCUCAGGUUACCACUUACAGUACAAGCUCUUCCACUUUCUUAACUGAUUUUGCAAAUGCUAUGGUGAAGAUGGGAAAUCUCAGUCCACUCACGGGGACUAGUGGGCAGAUCAGAACCAAUUGCAGGAAGACCAAUUAACUGAGCACUUGUUUUCUAGUUUUUCCUUUUUUU